AGAGACGUCUCUUUUUCCGUGUUUUCAUGUCAUAAGUGGCGAGCACGGGCUCUGCCAUCUUCAAUCCACCGUCCACAACAACUUGAGACCACGCCCCCCGGCAACUGACUACUGCGGCGACGUGUUCGAUCCGGACAGGUGGCAACUUAUGACGACCUGAGCAAGCUACCUGCUACUGACGACUGGCGCUACGGCGACUGAAAGUCGCGUUCGGUGUGAACAUACCGUUACUCGUGGUGUUGUUGUUUUCUGUGUCGAGAACAUAGGAACAAACAUCAUGGGAGCCCUACAGCAGGGGUGUACAAGUCGGUCAAAGGGCCGGGGUGGUGUAGGACUUUGUUCCAACCCAUCUCACACACAAAGCUUCACCAAUCAGGUCUCUGGAUAGUGUUAUUGGUUGAUAGGUGCUGCAUGUUUCAGCUGACACCUGCUGCACACUGUGUGCUUGAUAGGUUGGAACAAACACCUGCACCACCCAGGCUUCUUGAGGACCAGUUUGGACACCCGUGCUCUUCAGUCUCGAUCUAGAUAUGCCACUGAACGACAGCUUCAGCUUCAACACCACCACCAAUGGCUCGGACUGGGAUGAGCCACGACUUUCACCAGCGAUGAACAAGAUCAUCAACACCCUGAUGGUCGUGACGCUCUUCAUCGUGAUGGUCUCCAUGGGCUGCACCAUGGAGGUGCCUAAGAUCAAGGCUCACUUGAUGAAACCGAAGGGCGUGGCCAUCGCGCUGCUGGCUCAGUACGCCGUGAUGCCUCUGACAGCCUUCGUCCUGGUUAAGGUGUUCAGGCUGACGGGCACGACAGCCAUCAUGAUUCUGAUUUGCGGAUGUUGUCCAGGAGGAUCUCUGUCCAACAUUCUAGCACUGGGCAUCAAAGGAGACAUGAACCUCAGCAUCGUGAUGACGUCGUGCUCCACCCUCCUGGCCCUGGGCAUGAUGCCACUGCUCCUCUACAUCUACUGUCACAGCUUCCCACACCUGCAGAGCGCCGUCCCCUACAAGGAUAUCACGCUGUCGCUGGUCAUGAUCCUCAUCCCCUGUGGCAUCGGCAUCCUCAUCAAUCACUACCGACCCAAGUAUGCCAAGCUUAUCACCACGGUCGGCAUGAUCAUCAUGGUGACAGCCAUUCUCAUCAUCUGCAUAGGCUCUAGUGUGGCAGUCGGUGGCUCCUUGCUCAACUUGUUCUCGCCCCCCCUCAUGGCCACCGCAGCUCUCAUGCCGUUCAUUGGCUACUCUUUCGGCUACAUCAUCUCCUCCAUCUUCAAACUCAAACAGAGGGAGCGCAGGACUGUUGCUAUGGAAACCGGCUGUCAGAACAUCCAACUGUGCUCCUCCAUUCUGAAGCUGGCCUUUCCACCACAAGAGGUCGGCAUACUGUUCCUCUACCCGUUGGUCUACGGCUCAGUCCAGCUGAUGGAGGCGGCGGUGCUCAUUGUGCUCUACAGGUCAUACCGGUAUUAUAAAGAUCACACAGGAGGUAAUCACACACCGAGAACCCACCUGAUAGUAAGUACAUGGCGACUAGUUUACAGACAGAAGACCACAUAUCCAGUUGGGUGUGGGAACUGGGGUCGAAUCCAGUCCACAGUGAUGGAAGUGGGGCGGCAGGUGUUUUGUCUCCAUGGCAUCAUGAAGGACAGAACAGGGCCCUUCAUGUUAUGACCUUCCCCCUGUGGUCAUGACUGGAAGGGCGAUGGUUUCCUCAGGAUGCCAGGGAGCAGAUCAGUUAUGGUGUCUUGGGUGCAGGAAGAAACUCAUCCACUGGUUGCCUCCAAGAUAACAGACGUUCCAUUGGCUGGAGGUGACUGCUCUUCGUACAUACCCUGAGCUGCACGGCUCAGAUGUGCAGGAGUUCUGGAGCUGACCUCGAGAGGGGUUUGGGACAGGCUGGCGGGCAUCAACG